AUGAUAACUGAGAUACAUGAAAGUCUCAUAAGGCGACAGGUCAAUACUGUGUCCAGUACAUCAAUUUACGAAUAUCCAAUGUCCAUUACCAGAGAGAGUGGGGAAAUAAGAGACGAAUCAGUCACAAUUAGUGAAGGUGAUAAGAAGUUCAUCGCGCAACGAGAUUUGAUACUACAAGAAAUCACUGUGACAAUGGAUUCCAUAUUGAAUGGAUUAAACGAAUUGAAUAUAUCCCUUGAAAGCUCAAUAGCAGUUGGUAAGGAAUUUGAAUCUGUUGCAGAUCUUUGGAAGACUUUCUAUGAUGGGCUAGAAAGUGUUACUGAGCGAGAGGAGAAUGAGCUUGAUGAUGAGGUAAAAGAGAAGUAA